UUGAAAGUUACACAUGAAAUAGCUAAAAAAUUUAAAUUUUCAGGCCACUAUGAUGCAAAAGCAUUACCAUCAGCUGGGAUCUUACCGUUUACGCAGAGUUUCUUAUGCUCAAUCUUAAACACGUGUAAACCUUCUCCGUCAACCGGUGACGACAGAAAUUUUAUCAACACCAAUAAAAGUCGUAACAACUGUUCGUAUAUGAACGAUCCAAUGAUCGAUCAGAUGAAACCAAUGCUUGUCGGUUACAUACUGGUUGGUCCAGAUUCUCCAGUGGUUCGAGACUUUGUUGAUCAGGUUUGUUGCGUUGCUAUGGAUCGUUUUGUAAUUGUAAAAAACGAGGAGGUUAUGGAAAAUCAGUCGUUAUGCUUAAUGGAGAAUAAGCAAUACUUUACAGGAGUUUAUUUUUUGAAUAUGACUGGUAAUGAAACUGAAUUUCCGUCUAUGGUCGGCUACAAAAUAAGACAUCCACCUCAAUUAGUUGACUCAACAACGGGAGGUUUAUCUGACAGCUGGCGCCGAUAUUCUUCUCGAGACGAUGUCUUGGUAGACCUAAAAUAUUUAACUUUUGGAUUCAGUUUUAUACAAGAAACUGUUGAUCGUAUCCUUACCAAAUUUUUGUCUGGCCAGGCUAUUCCGACAGGACUUUAUGUUCAGCAAGAACCUUUCAAAUGCAAUACUAAAGACACCUUUAAAGUACUUGAUUUUCUGCCGAUGUUCGUCAUACUGUCUUGGAUGAUUCCAUCUGCAAUGUUGGUCAAAAAUAUUGUGUUUGAGAAAGAGAUUCGAUUAAAAGAAAUGAUGCGAAUUAUGGGACUUGGAGACACGGUACAUUGGAUUGCCUGGGCAGGCCAAUCUGCUCUUAUGAGCAUUUUUUGCUGUAUAUAUGGAAACAUCUUGCCGAAUACAGAUUUAACGUUAUUAUUGGUGUUCUUCUUGCUUUUCGCUUUUGCGUGUAUCGCUCAAAGCAUCUUCUUUACCACGCUGUUCUCGAAAGCUAACAUAGCCACGGCAUUAUCUGUGUUAUUGUUCUUCCUAUUCUUUUUUCCAUAUCAAAUAUCCUGGACUUACGCAACUCCAACUUUUAUCAAAAUUAUGGUAAGCAGACAAAAACUUCUUUUUUUCUGUUCUUUGCUAGUAGCUUAUACUUCUAUUGGCCAUAAUUUUGAGCCUGAACCAACUGAUUUACCAUUGGCUGUAGAAACACAAAAUUUGGUAAAGUGCUACGGUCAGAACUUUAGAGCAAUAAAUAAUUUAAGUAUUCGUUUCUACGAGUCUCAAGUAACUGCGCUGCUUGGUCAUAAUGGUGCUGGAAAAACUACUACUUUAUCAAUAUUAACUGGGCUAUUUUCUCCGACCUCUGGUACUGCCUACAUUUAUGGAAAAGACAUUAGGCAAGACAUAACAGCUAUUAGAGAAUCUCUUGGCCUUUGCCCGCAGCAUAACAUCUUAUUUCCGGAAUAUACUUUAAGUCGAUUUGUAAUAUUCUUAACAGUUGCUGAACAACUAACGUUUUAUGGCGCUUUAAAAGGAGUACCAAUAAAAUGUCUAAAAGCUGCUGUAACAACAAUUAUUGAAGACACUGGCUUAACCGACAAGACUGAUCAUGUUACAUCUACACUAUCAGGGGGUAUGAAGCGGAAGUUAUGCAUUGCAAUUGCUUUCGUCGGAGGUUCAAGGCUGGUUAUCUUAGAUGAACCAACUGCUGGAAUAGAUGCUCAUGCAAGACGGUCAAUUUGGGAGCUAAUAGUAAAAUACAAGCAAGGAAGAACCAUGAUUUUAUCAACGCACCACAUGGAUGAGGCUGACGCUCUUGCUGAUAGGAUUACCGCUGGUUCUUCACUGUUUCUCAAAAAACGUUUUGGUGACGGUAUCCGUUUGAGCCUGUUGAAAGCUGAGGUGAAUAAUUGUUACUUUUUUGAUGAGUAUACUAAUGUAACUUUAGCGAGCGCUAAUGUUGUUUUCGACUUAUCUUAUCGAAACAUAUCACAGUUUCGUCUUAUUACUCAUGAAUAUACUUCUUACUCGCCUUGUUUCAGACUUGGAGGUUGGCAGUUCUCGCAGAUUAAUAAUUUAGCUCAACCGGAACAGGAGAAAUUAGAUGUUUGGUUCAACAACAAACUUUGGGCAUCUCUCCCGGCGUUAACGAACGCUUUCUCUAAUGCCGUUUUGCGCAGUUUUGUUCCUGCCGAAAAUGCUUCUGACUAUGGAAUAGUGACGUAUUCGCAUCCGAUGAAUGAAACUGUGGAAACGAUAGAUGAGACUUUAUUUACCUUUCGCAUUCUGCUAGCAAUGUUGGCUCUAUCAUUAAUCGUUGCCAGUUUUUCGAUGAUUCUUGUGGAAGAUCGAGUUUCAUACAGUAAACAUCUACAAAUUAUAUCUGGAGUUGCACCGCAUACCUACUGGCUAGCUAAUUUCGCCUUUGAUGGUAUAAUAUACAUAUUGUGCACGUUGCUUAUAAUUAUCAUUUACUACGCCAUGGAUGUUCAGUCGUUUUUUUCGGGCUCGGUCUUUUUCUCAGAAUUUUUGACAUUUUUAAGGACUGCUGCCAUCCCGAUGGUGUACCUUUGUCAACUCUUCUUCAAAUCUCCUCCAGUUGCUCUUAUAGUAAUCGGCAUCGGCUUUUUCUUCGUUGGCACUGUGUUUACUAUGGUUGUCAUGCUUCUGGAAAACUUAAUGCAAAAAGAUCCCACUCUUGAAGGAGCUUAUGAAAUUUGCGGUAUCAUCUUUAUGUUUUUACCGCAGUAUAAUAUCGGAAUGGCGUUAUAUCGCAUAAACUUUAUAUAUACAGUUAAAUGCAAGGCAUUGUCUUUAGAGAAUAUUCAUCGCUCUGACAAGAUUGACGGGAUUCCACUGCCACAUCCACUAGAGUGGCAUCUUAUGGGAAAGCACUGUCUGGCUCUCAUUUUGGAAAGUAUUGCUUUCACUGUCAUUCUGAUGAUGCUGGAGUAUCGACAUAUAACCUGCAAAUUUUUCAGGUUUUUCAAACUGCUGUAUCGUAGAGCUUCUUAUGACGGUAAGGUAUUGGCAGUCAAUGAUGUCUCAUUCACUGUUGAAAAAGGAGAAUGCUUUGGCCUUCUGGGCGUAAAUGGGGCCGGCAAAACGACAACGUUUAGCAUGUUGACCGGCCAGCUUGAUGUUGGGUCUGGGGAAGCAUUUUAUGAAAGUCGGAAUAGUGAAAGCUUCCGAAAUAUUGGUUAUUGCCCACAGUUUGAUGCUCUUAUACCGAAGAUGACGGCUGCUGAACAUCUGGAGUUUUAUGCACUUCUUCGAGGAAUUUCGCCGAACAAUGUUAAAGAAGUUGUGGAAUGGGGACUUGCAGAAAUGCAACUAAAAAAGUAUGCAGAUCAAAUUACUUCUCAUUAUUCUGGCGGUACAAAGCGUAAACUUUCUGCUGCAAUUGCUUUGAUUGGUGAUCCGCAUGUAAUAAUGAUGGAUGAGCCUUCUGCUGGAAUGGAUCCUGCUUCGCAACAGUUUAUGUGGAAUCUGAUACUACAACUUCGAAAAAGCAGGCGUACUGUUAUUAUUACAUCGCACAGCAUGGAGGAAUGUGAGAAAUUGUGUACGAAAGUGGCCAUAAUGGUGAAAGGUCAAUUCCAGUGUAUAGGACCGAUCCAGCAUCUUAAGCAAAGGUCUGUUUUGUCUUUUCACAUCAAUGUUUUUCGCUCUAAUAGCAUUGGAUUUAAAGGACGGUAUCUUACGCUUGAAGCAGCGCACUGCACAAGUGUUCUCUAUCAUUUACCCAAAGAUGCAUGUAGCGUCGCCGAAGCCUUUUCUCUAAUCUGCAAGGUGAUCGAUCAUAACUAA